CCUUGCGAGGCUGGCGGAAGCAUCAUGGAGCAAACUGCGCCACCUUAAGAGUGAUGCAACCGCACUACGUAUCCGUACUGGAGCAGGCUUCAUGGCCCUUGCUUCCGGUUGCAUUGUGACGGCGACGGGACUGCAUGGCAUGGUCAUAAACGUCUCGUUUGUUGAUUCGCUGCAUUUGGCCGGUUGCCCGCAUUCGAGAACUUGGCUGUUCCAGCCGAGCCCACCGGAAGCAUGGCAUGGCGUCUCCCUUGCGUUCUGACGACCAUGCCUGGCCAGUUCGUUUGCAAAGCUCGCAUUAUAUAAGGACCUCCGACCUUUCAUAGUCAUCCUGUCUCAGACCUCCUUUGCUUCCAUUAGACAAAAACUUGCCCAGCCAUAAACACUAGGUGUUCCCAAGAGAACUCACUUGCCCUCGUUUCUAUUCCGACUUCCUCUCACUACAACUUUCAAUCCAAUCCCAACCAUCAAGAUGCGUUACUACGCCGUCAUCGUCGCCGCCCUCGCUGCCCUGGCUUCGGCCCAAGAUCAAACCACCACCGCCGUCACCGGCGACACGACCGCUGCCACGAGCUCGUCGAUCUCGGACACGGCCUCCCUUUCGAGCGCCAUCAGCUCUGCCAUCUCGUCGGUCCAGUCCGAGGCCUCGUCCGCGGUCGAGUCCGUCACGAGCGAAGCCGGCAGCGUCCUCUCGAGCCUGUCGUCGAGGCUCUCCACCGCCACCGGCGCCGAGGCCUCGUCCCUCUCGUCCGAGAUCGCCAGUGCCACCAGCUCGGUUGGCUCGGCUAUCAGCUCGGUCAGCUCGGCCGUCUCGUCCAGGACCUCGGGCGGCGGUGCCGUGCCUGUCCAGACGGCUGCUGUCGGUCUCGGGGCCUUGUUUGGUGGUGCGGCCGUCUUGGCUAACUUGUAAUUUCUUCGGCGGGGGAUAAUUAAUUCUUGUACGACUAUGGUGGAAUGGUUACUGUUCCUUACGAACCAAAAUCACAGGGUCGGCGUGAUUUAGCUUGUUUUGAAGGUUGAAUGGGACGAGCUACUACAUGUUUUACGUCCUGCUUAAUGAACCCUGCCUAGUCAAACUCUUUCUUGGGCAGGUUAGAAUGACAAAUGGAUGCCACACACUCA